AUGAAACGCCAUUAUGUUGACACUGGGAAUGAGAAGGAUCUGCCCUAUAGCAAGGCUCCAUGCCAACCUGCUGAGGAAUUGGAUGAUGUGAACUGGGUACCUUUUUGGGAGCAGGCAGGAGAUGUGAAAGAAGAAGAAUCUGCGCCUGUCCCUGGACCUUCAAUAAGCAGAGCCCAAGAUACUGGCUUAGAGUCCAAGACUCCUAGUCAGCAGGGGAGAAGUAGGAGGACUCCCUCAGCUUACCAGUCUUGUUCACAAUAUUACUCUUGCUUCUCUUCGAUAACCAACUCAGAGGAGAACAAGUCUCUUCAAAACACAUGUGCCUUUUACACCCGGGUGCAAACGGUCCAGGGAGUGGCUGUGGCCUGGGAGACAGAGUCUGGGUUUGAGCCAAUUGGUAUCAGGCCUCGAGUAAGGGAGGCUGAAUUCACUGAGAGGCAGAGGAGGGACAGGUCUCCCCUUGAAAGUAUUUCUACUAGCGACCUAGUCAGUGAGACUGAUUCUUGGGAGGGAGAUGCCAUUCAGGAAUUUGAAGAGCCUGAGACACCAGUCCCAUCAGACAGUGCCCAAGAGACAAGGGAAACACCUGAUUGGCUGAUCACUACCAACUAUGGCCUCCGCUGCUUGGCCUGUUGCAGAAUCUUUCCCAACCUGGAAGGCCUCAUACACCAUGCCCAGCACGGGCUCAAGGAGGGUUUCAGCUGUCGUAUUUUCUACAGGGAAAUGCUUCAGAGAAGACAAUCUCAGAGUCAGCUGCAGGAUCAACUGUCAGAGGACCAGGAUGAGAGCCAGUCCCAUAGUAGUGAACCUAGCAGAAUGCCUCUAGAAAAAAAAAUCUUAUCAGAAUUUAAAUGCAUCUCAGCAACAACAGCCAAUGAGAAGCAUCCCAGGAAGUCCUGUGCCAUCUCCAAGGAAAUGGAUCAUCACAGAGAUCCAGAACAGAGCUAA